AUGGAAGUGAAUUUGAUAUUUGGAGUGAGAGAAGUUGAUUUUGGAUGCUACUGUCAGCACACCUCAUACUUCCGUCUGGCACUCAUUCAGCUUCAGGUAUCUGCCGUCAAAUCGGAUAACCUGCAGCGAGCCUGCAGACUGGUAAAAGAAGCAUCGGCGAAAGGAGCAAAAGUUGUGGCUCUACCUGAAUGUUUUAACUCUCCUUAUGGAACCCAGUACUUCAAGGAAUAUGCAGAGAAGAUCCCUGGAGAAUCAACACACAAGCUCUCAGAAGUUGCAAAGGAGUGUGGCAUAUAUCUUGUUGGAGGAUCCAUUCCAGAAGAGGAUGGUGGAAAGCUAUAUAAUACGUGUACUGUCUUUGGGCCUGAUGGUGCUAUGUUGGCAAAGCAUAGGAAGAUUCAUUUGUUUGACAUUGAUGUUCCUGGGAAGAUACAGUUCAAAGAGUCUGAAACACUGAGUCCAGGGAAUAGUUUCUCUAUGUUUGAUACUCCAUACUGUAAAGUGGGCCUGGGCAUCUGCUAUGAUAUCAGAUUUGCUGAGCUGGCUCAAAUCUACGGACAGAAAGGUUGCCAGCUGCUGAUAUAUCCAGGGGCUUUUAAUCUGACAACAGGACCAGCUCACUGGGAACUACUACAAAGGGGGCGAGCUGUUGAUAAUCAAGUCUAUGUAGCUACUGCAUCUCCUGCUAGAGAUGAAAAAGCAUCCUAUGUUGCCUGGGGACACAGCACUGUAGUAAAUCCAUGGGGUGAAGUCAUAGCCAAAGCUGGCACCGGAGAAACGGUUCUGUACACAGACAUAGAUCUGAAGAAACUUGCAGAAAUCCGUCAACAAAUCCCUAUUUUGAACCAGAAGCGUUAUGAUCUCUAUGGCAUAGAGGUGAAAAACUGAAGCCGUAUCAAUGCAAAAGGCUCAGGUGGCACAGUGGCUGCUGCCUCUGUCUUCAGGUCUCCUUCACUUAGUUGCUCCAGAGGCUACUGCUAAAUGUGCUAGUUAAUUAAAAAACAAAAAAGCAAGCCACCCGUGGUGGUGUCAUUCUACGAUUCAAUUCAAAUAUAGCUUCUGAGCUGACUUUUAUAUCUCCUCUCGUACUUCUUUUUUUUUUUUUUUAAACAGUAUUUAACAGUAGGACAAAGAUAGAGGUUGACUCAUCUCAACUCAGUUAACAUUGCUGAUUUAGGCAUCACGAUUUUAAGUACUGUUAUCUCCUUUGUUUUCUAAGUAAGUUUCUGGGGCUUUUUUUGUAGGAAGUGGAGAUGGCGACCUUCUUAUCUGUGGAAAUCCUGCGAAGCCACCUUUAGUAUCUUGAAUUUUUCAAUGAAUUAUCAGAUAAUCUAGAAGCAUGACUUUUCCACCUGUCUCCUGCCUUAGUUGUAUGUGCCUAAACGAUCAGUUUAGAGUUACGUAAAUGCCCAAUUUCUAACUGGGCAGGGCAAGCUAAAACUUUAACAUGCUAAACUAAAGAGGCCGGAUUCUGCUCUGUACUGCUUAAGGACAGUGCAAGAGGAAGCCAAACAGAACUACUACUAUAGAAGAAUUUGUAAUAGGCUUUGUUUCAUGUGCCUCCUCUAUACACUAUAUGUAUUAAAUUCUCCUUGUUGCAAUUCCUGUUUAUUUCGGAAGUGAUGCGCACUACUGUUUCGUUAAAGCAAAGGUGUAGUAACACGUACAUUAAAACAGAAACAAAAAAUUACUACUUCCUUAAUAUCAUGGCUGAAUUGAUUUUAAUUCUGCUCUCUGACAGUCUUCAACUUAAAAGGCUGUGAGAGGAGUCAGUCAAAGGGUUAGAAAAUUCACUGCACUAAUUAAGUCUUUCUGUCCACAGUCUUAUAGAAGACAGGUGCUAGAGUUGCUUAAUGUCUGAAUACGUUCUCCCUGCCAAAGACUAACUUCCAUCAACUGCAUGUGAAAGCCUCCUUAUUCCAUUGCUCUUGCUGAAAAGAGCAACUAACCUUUAUUAAGGCUGGCUUUAAAACACUCAAGACCAGGCUGGCAGUUUUUAGAAAAGCUGUUUACCUAGAAGGAAGCCUUCUUGGUAUUUCUACUUCCAGUCUAAAAAAAGAUAUGAAUUUGCAGAUGGCAGUUUUUUUCCCCUCAGGGGAGAAGAGGAAGCACAUGCAACUACUCAGCCCCUGCUACAAGGCUUUUAGUUUUCUAGCAGCAGAAAUGAUAGACUAAGCAAUGAGGGUAAAGGAGAUUUCAAAAUACAAAAAAAGAGGUAGGCAGGGAUGUUUUUCUAUCUAGCCUCCACCUAUUUCCCUCAAGCCACCUUACUUUUUUUUUUUUCCCCUCAUGUUUGUCUGCCAUCCUCCUCCCAUAGCUGUUGUCUUGACAUAGUUCUUUGAUGUUCUUUUGACCUCUCUGGAAUGAGCUAGAUGUGGCCUCUAGAGGCCCCAGCCACCUUUAUGGAAAUCAAUGAUUAAAUUAAGCUGAACACUAAGGGCUUCCUUCCCCUCAAAAGACAGGUCGCAUUAUUCCACAUUCAGUGCCAGAUCUCUUCCAGCGAGCGUUUUGUAUCUAUCUAUCUGUGCUAAUCACUGCAUUUCAGUAUCAGACUGUAGCAGAACUCUAAGAAAAAAGCCACAGAGCCUAAGGUGAAGUGAAAAUUUAUUAGUUGAAAAAUAAAUAUAAAAAAUUAACAAUUCACCAUCUGAGUCAGGUCUCCUGCGUUAGAUUGGUGCCUGCCACAUAUUCAACAAUCAGUCAGCAGUGUCAGCGAUCACUGGGCUCCAACUUCUGAAUCAUAGCAGCUAUUGUAGAUCCAUGUUUCUGUACUAAUGCACCUGGCUCCUAUUCCCAGCCCCCAAGUUCAACAUGCAGAAACUAAACACUGUCUUUGGAAGAUUAAAGAAGUGCAGGAUUCUCAAGAGCUGACCGCUCCUUAAUUUUGACAAUGUAAAGUGCAGGCUGCACCAGACAAAAUGAAAGUGUCCAUGCAUGUGCACAGACUAUCUCCUCCCUUGGGAUUCCAAAGGGGUGAGAACAGAUGACAAUUUGAAAUGGACUUCUUCUUUGGUGAAUUAUGUUAAGAGAUGACAAAUUCAGUCCCAAUUCAGUGUCCAUCAAUCAGGACAGUUUUCAACCAAGCACCUUGUUUUAGCAAGGCUUUUUAAGUGUCUCCAGUAAGCAAUACUCUCUGAAGGGAUAUAAGCAGACUGCGAUUUGUUUUUUUCCCCCCAAAUGAAAAAGUAAAUAAUCAAUCCUUGGCUAAACAACAGUUGAAGCAAUCACUACUCAAUUUUUAUAUUGGCAGAAGACAGGCACUUUAAGUAACCAUAUUAUACAUAUGCACCAAUGUUCUAUAAAUAUAGAAAACUAGCCAGUAACCACCGUGAAAUAGCUCCAGAAGUUCAGCCUGCGUAAGUUUAAGUAAGUUCUUUUCAAAGGGAAGGCAGAAAAUACAGUAAUGCCUGCUGUAUCUGUAUUCAGGAAUGUUAUUACCAGCACAGCUGGGGAGCCUGGUCAAAGCUGUAACUAAACUGGCUCAACUGCUCUUAACAGUUCCAGAAUAAAUUACAGUACUACUCCUUGGUCGACAUUAGGUCCCUCUUCACUUUUUCAUCUGCAGUUAGAUCUUAAUAAUUCAAAUCACAACUUCUACUCUCCUUUUUGGCAAACUUCUCUCCGUGUCCAAACAAAAACAAGGACAGCAGGGAUUCAAUGCAAUCAGGAUUAAGAGGCACAACAACUAUGCAUGGAAGCAGCUUCCCAGUCUCUGAGAUGCAUUAGGUUUAUGUUAGUCUUCAGGACUAGCUUCCUACAUGAUUUUUACCAGAUUCUUUUAAAAUAGCAGCAAUCAUGUCGCACCACGGCUCUCAACCCCUUAUUGAAAAAAAGUUAAGUAAAUUCCCAUGAACACGUGGCUUUAAAGCAAAACCUCAGCUAUAUCAUCCAUUAAAAAAAAAGGGAGAGAAAAAAAAAAAAGGCAGUCCCUUCUAUCAUACUAGAGGGGAGCCUGAGCCAAAGCCAACUGCAUACACAUUAACAGGAUGUCAGCUACUCGGAUUCCCAGCUUUCUUGGCUGGAUCUCCUGUCCCCUGUAAUCUUCAGCUCUUAACAUUGUACCUCUGCAAUCACAGAGACUUAGUCAUUCUACGUCUCUUCCUCAUUUGUUUCUUAAAGGUUCAAGUGAGAGACGAUGAAAGGAAGUCAGUCAUUAUCAGCUCUUCCUAGAUUCAGAUCCUCAAGCAAGCACAGAGAACACUACUGCAGAUUUGUGCCGCUUCACUUAGCAUUAAGCAAUCUUUCAUCAAAACCUGUUCUUAUACAUGUCAGAGAGAGGUACUUGAAGGUAAUAUUUAUUUGUUGAGUUUACAGGUGAUAUGUCAUUUACAAAAAAAAAUUACAGACAAAUGCAUCCUUUCAGUGCAGUUUCAAACUAGUUCAAGAACAGGCAAAAAUCCGUGAUGAUUUGGAAUGCUAGUAUUAGACAGCACAUGCUUUUUUUCCCUUAAUUGAUUUGGGGGGUGGGGGGGGGGGGGGGGCAGUGGGAAAGGAAGGAUGAAGAGGAGAAAAUGCCAAUGUAAAUAAGGCCAUGCGAAUAAAAACUCCUUAGGAGAACAGGACACAGCAGUCAGUCUGGCCAAUUUUUGUUCUCAAGUAAUUGAUGCAGAGAGCAGAAGUUCCAGAAGAGGUCUGAUACUUGUUAAGUGCCAUGCCCUUAGAGGCUGCCCGUACCUUCCAAUGCCUUCAAUUCUACACCAGCGCUAUGAUUUCAGAUAGCCUACUGAGCUAGAUAAAAUAGAAGGCUUACACCUUCAUGUCUACUGUCUAGCAUUUGAAUUCUCCUUUGUAGUUGCUGGGAGAGAGGAAGGUCAAGUUGAAAAUACAAGUUGCUGCUGUAUGGUGUCACAACCAGAGAACAAGACAGUUUGACCACAGCUUGGGUUUUUUUUUUUUUUU